AUGGCGCCCAAGAAGAAGGGAAACAAGAAGGCCCAGCAGGACGACUGGGAGACCGAGCUUGGCGAGACCGUCGACCCCAUAGCUCAGGCUGAGCAAGAGGCAAAGGCCCAGGAAGCUGCUCAGGAUGCUGAGGAAGAGGCUGCUCCUCCCGGUGGUCUGAUGGCUGCUCUGAGAGCUAGAAAGAACAAGAAGGGCAAGAAGGGCAAGCAGCAGGACGAUGAUUGGGAGGCCGAGCUCGGUGAGGAUCUCACUGCUGCUGCCGACGAAGAUGGAACUUCUACACCUCCCGUCGACCUCGCCGCUAAGGCUCCCGAGGAGGGCACCAUGGAUGAUGAGGACCUUUACCCGGAACCCGCUAAGAAAGGAAAGGGUGGUAAAGGUGGCAAGCAACAGCCCGCACCCGCACAGGACGACGACGACGAUGACGAGCAAGAUGGCAGUGGUCGCGUUCUGACCAAGAAGGAAAAGGAAAAGCUGAAGAAGGAGCGUGAGAAGCAGAGAAAGAAGGAAAACGCCGCAGCCAAGAAGAAGGCAGGCGGUGCUGUACCUGCUGCACCCAAGCCCCAACCCAUCAGAGACACCCCUUCGCCUAGCGCUAUCGAGCCUGUGGCAGCAGCUCCCGAGCCAGCAGCUGGCGGUAAGAAGAAGAAGCUCAACCCCGCCCUCGCCGCCCUUCAGAGACAACAAGCCGAGUUGAAGGCCAGAGAGGAGGAGGCCGCUCGCCUCGAGGCUGAGGAGCGUGCCAGAGCCGAGGAAGAAGAGAAAAUGGCUGUCGAGGAAGCAAAGGCUAGAGAAGAAGCCAAGGCCGCAAAGAAGCAAAAGGAGAAGGAGAAGAUCGAGCAGCUCAAGAAGGAGGGCAAGUACAAGACAAAGGCCCAGAAGGAAGCCGAGGCUCGCCAACAAGCUCGUCUCCAACAGAUGCUCGAGAGUGGUGCCAUUGUUGCUGGUAUUUCCGGCGAGGGUGAAGACGCCAAGAAAGCGCAGAAGGAGAAGGACCGCAGAAAGAAGAACCCUCGCAAGGCUGCCGAAGAGCGUGCUGCUGCCGAGGCCGCAAAGGCUGAGGAAGAGGCUGCCCGCAAGAAGCUCGAGGAGCUGCGCAUCGCUGAGGAGCAAAAGAAGGCCGCUGAGGAGGCUGCUGAGAAGGCCAAGGCCGAUGCCCUGGAGAAGAAGGCUGAGGAGUCAGAUGAACUCGAAGACUGGGAGGCCGAGGCCGAGAAGAUGGAGAACGACGGUGUCAAGGACAGCUGGGAUGCCGAGUCCGGUGACGAGGAUGCUGAGAUCGUCAAGCCUGUCGUCAAUGGCAAGCCUGUCCAGGACGGCGCAGCUGGCAAGAAGGCCAACAUCAAGGAAGAGUCUGACUCCGACUCCGACUCUGACUCAGAUUCUGAUUCCGACUCAGACUCGGACUCGUCUUCUGACGAGGAGGAGAGUGCAAAUGCUCGCGCCAUUGCCCAGCGCAAGCGUGAGGCUGCUGAGAGACGUGCAAAGACCAUCGCAGAUGCCAGAGCUGCCGCCUCCAAGGACAACCUUCGUUCGCCCAUUUGCUGUAUUCUUGGUCACGUCGAUACCGGAAAGACCAAGCUUCUGGACAAAAUUCGUCAAACCAAUGUUCAAGAAGGUGAAGCUGGUGGUAUCACUCAGCAAAUCGGUGCUACCUACUUCCCCGUCGAGGCUCUUGAGAAGAAGACUGCUGUCGUCAACACUGAUGGCUCCUUCCAGUUCAAGAUUCCCGGUCUCUUGGUCAUCGAUACCCCUGGUCACGAGUCUUUCACUAACCUCCGUUCCCGUGGGUCUUCGCUCUGUAACAUUGCCAUCCUGGUUGUCGAUAUCAUGCACGGCCUUGAGCCUCAAACUCUCGAGUCCAUGAGACUGCUCAGAGACCGCAAGACUCCCUUCAUUGUCGCACUCAACAAGAUUGAUCGUCUCUACGGCUGGAAGCAAAUCGCCAACAACGGUUUCCGUGAGUCGCUUGCCAUGCAGAACAAGGGUGUCCAGAACGAGUUUGCCGACAGACUCGAGAAGACCAAGAUCGCCUUUGCCGAGCAAGGUUUCAACUCCGAGGUCUUCUACGAGAACAAGUCUAUGGCCCGUAACGUCUCGCUUGUUCCCACUUCAGCUCACACUGGAGAGGGUAUCCCCGACAUGCUCAAGCUCAUCACCCAGCUCACUCAGGAGAGAAUGGCUGGUCAGCUCAUGUACAUCACCGAAGUCGAGUGUACCGUUCUGGAAGUCAAGGUCAUUGAAGGUCUGGGAACCACCAUCGAUGUUGUUAUUACCAAUGGUCGUCUGAAGGAGGGUGAUCGUAUCGUGUUGUGCGGUACAGAAGGACCCAUUGCCACUAACAUCAGAGCUCUGCUCACACCUGCCGAGAUGAAGGAACUGCGUGUCAAGUCCUCCUACGUCCACAACAAGGAGGUCAAGGCCGCAUUGGGUGUCAAGAUUACUGCCAACGGUCUCGAAAACGCCAUCGCUGGUUCUCGUCUGCUGCUUGUCAAGGAAGACGACGACGAGGAGGAACUCAUGGACGACGUCAUGUCCGAUCUCGAGAACCUGCUCAGCAAGAUAUCUACAUCAGGCCGCGGUGUCACUGUUCAAGCAUCCACCCUUGGUUCGCUCGAGGCUCUGCUGGAGUUCUUGAAGCAAAUGAAGAUUCCCGUCGGUUCCAUCUCGAUCGGUAACGUGCACAGAAGAGAUGUCAUUACCGCAUCCACCAUGUUGGAAAAGCACAAGCAAUACGCCGUAAUGCUGUGUUUCGACGUCAAGGUCGACAAGGAAGCACAAGCAUAUGCCGAUGAUGUAGGCGUCAAGAUCUUCACUGCAGACAUCAUUUACCACUUGUUCGACCAGUUCACAAAGCACAUGGCUGAGAUCGCCGCACAGAAGAAGGAAGAGUCCAAGAUGUUGGCGGUCUUCCCCUGUAUCCUCAACCCUAUCCAAGUCUUCAACAAGACCAACCCCAUCGUUGUCGGUGUGGAUGUGCUUGACGGCGCCCUUCGCGUCAACACCCCCAUCGCCGCUGUCAAGAUCAACCCCGUCACUGGCGCAAAGGAAGUCAUCCCCAUGGGCAGAGUCACCUCGAUCGAGCGCGAGCACAAGCAAAUCCCUCUCUGCAAAAAGGGACAACCCGCUGUAGCAGUCAAGAUCGAAGGAUCCAACCAACCAACCUACGGACGCCAGCUUGAAGAUAAGAUGGUUCUUUACUCGCACAUCAGCAGAGCUUCUAUUGAUACGCUCAAGGAGUUCUACAGAGAUGAAGUGACCAAGGAUGAAUGGAAUUUGAUUGCCAAACAUCUCAAGGGCUUGUUCGAUGUCGUGUAA